UAAGGUAUUGUUUUGUUAUUGCAUAAUAAUGGCACGACCAAUGACAAGUCUUAGCUUAGUAUAACAGUAACCCAUGUUUAAUGCAUUGCAACCUCGAGACAAUUUCGGAGGAUCUUCUGCUAAAAGUGCAGAUUCAACAACAGUGUUUUUGAUGGCGGAAUACGACGUGACGGAUAAAAGUAGUGAUCAAGAGUCUAAUGGAGGAGAUAACAGUGGUGAUGGAGCUCGUUCAUUUUGCUCAAUAUGUGGAGAUCGUGCAACUGGGAAACAUUAUGGAGCAAGCAGUUGUGAUGGAUGCAAAGGUUUUUUUCGAAGAAGCGUAAGAAAGAACAACCAAUAUCAAUGCAGAUUCAGUCGGAACUGCAUUGUUACGAAGGACAAACGUAACCAAUGCCGUUAUUGCAGACUCAGAAAAUGUUUCAGAGCUGGGAUGAAGAAAGAAGCUGUCCAAAAUGAACGAGAUAGAAUUAGUACAAGAAAAACCAAUAUGAAGAUGACUUCAUCACUUUCUGUUGCUACUUUAUUGAAUGCAGAAUCUUUAUCACAUCAGUUCGGUGGGCCCGGUGGAAGUUCGCCAAAUCAAGAAAUAUUGGACGCUAAUGCCAUUGCGUCAAAAAAGAUCGCAUCUAUAAAUGACGUAUGUGAUUCAAUAAAACAACAACUUCUUGUUCUUGUUGAAUGGGCAAAAUAUAUUCCCGCUUUCUCAGAAUUACCUCUGGAUGAUCAGGUUGCUUUAUUAAGAGCUCAUGCUGGAGAACAUUUACUCCUAGGGGUUGCAAAGCGAUCGCUGCCAUACAGACAAUUAUUACUGCUCGGGAAUGAUUUUAUUAUUCCAAGACAUUGUCCUGAAGUAGAGAUCAGUAAAGUUGCAGUUCGAGUAUUGGAUGAAAUUGUUCGGCCGUUGAGUGAACUUGUCCUCGAUGAAAAUGAAUUCGCUUGUUUAAAAGCCAUUGUCUUUUUUGAUCCAGAUGCAAAAGGAUUGCAAGAUCCAGGAAAAAUUAAAUCCAUGAGAUUUCAAGUGAUGUGUAAUUUAGAAGAUUAUAUUAACGAUCAUCAAUAUGAAUGCAGAGGAAGAUUUGGUGAGAUAUUGCUUCUCCUACCAACAUUACAAAGCAUUACGUGGCAAAUGAUCGAACAAAUUCAAUUUGUCAGAAUAUUUGGUGUCGCAAGAAUAGACAACUUGCUUCAAGAAAUGCUUUUAGGAGCGGAUACUUACGAAGGCACUGCAGAUGGUAAAAUUGCUUCGACUGUUGCGAAUGAUGGUAUGGAAGUUAUGCAGUCGAACACAUUACCAAAAGUUAGUGCUGACGGUCAAAACGAAGCUUUCGAUGCGAAUUGUUACAAAGCGACGUCUCUCGUUUUAACAGACAUUUCUGGCACCCCUAUUAUUAAUAAUAAUAACAACACAAAGCCACGAGAAGGACUAUUUCUCGCUGACAAUUUUAGCGAAGAUGUUAUUCCCAUGAGUACCGAUGUUCAACCGAAAAUCGAAAUUCUUUAAAGACUUUGAGUGAUAAAGAAGUAAAUGCAGACUGAAAAAUAAUUUCUGAAUUAUAAACUAAAAGUAACAUUAGUGAACUAAUGGAGAGAGCAUGAAUUAAUAAGUUUUUAUAUCCUUGGACAUAUGUUCAGUUUUCAAAAUAUGGUUCGUUAUUGAUUGACCUGAAUUUUUAAUAUGGCGUUGUAGAUCGCUAGGCCCAUGACAACAAACUGCUGAAUAACUUGGGUCAAAUUUAUAAGUAUUGCGGAAACUUACCUAAUGCUGUUUAUCAUUAACAUCACUUUUGCUAUGUUUUCUUUUUGCGAAUGAUAAAUAAGUGCCUUAUAGGAAUUUUACUGGGUGCAGUGGCCCGGUGGUUAAAGCAUUAGGCUUAGCUGUUUUUGCUUCACAGCAUUCACAGGUUACAAUCUCGGGUUCAAAUCCCAUCCCACCACCUCACCCAUGGUGUACAAAAUCAGGGAAGCAAUAUCGAGUCAAAAAGAUUCCAGCCCUUACAUAAUAAUGGAUGGUUAUGCAGAGCCUUGUCAAGAGCGAAAGGUGUAUUAUUAACUAAUUUUGGAUGUUACUUAUAGCAGAGCUUCCCAAGCUUUUAAGCUCGCAGCCUAUUUCAAUAUAUUAAAGUUUUCUGUGACCCAUGCUAAGUUGGCAUUGUUAUGCAAGCCUGCCGCAUUCCCGAUUCUAUAAAUUCUCUCGAAAUCGUGAGAUUUAUGUUUUGCACUGGUUUUAAUAAUUGUGUUUUGAAAAAUUGUGUUUUCAAAAUUCUUAAAAAGGACUAAAUAGUAUUUUUUGUAAAAUUGGUGUACUCUUUAUGACCCCUAAAAUUUGUUGCGCAUGCCACCCCAUGUCGUGACCCCCAGUUUGGGAACCCCCUGCUUGUAAUGAUCAUAUUCUAAAUAGAAAACUAUUUCAUAUUCAAUGUUUUAUAAGAUUAAACUAAGUGUAUUCUCGACAAAUAUGUCUUAACUUUCUCUUCGAUACGCUACCAUGAACUGUUGUGAAUGUGAAGUAUAUUUGAGUUUAGACAUUACUCAAUGAAAAUAUUGUUUUCUAGUAAACUUGAACUUGCUCUUGAUUGCCUGCCAGUACCUGGUAUUUUUUAUUGCCACUAGAUAUUUUAUAAAAAAAAGUUUCAAAAGUUUGCGGGCACUUUCUGAAUAUGUGCACUAAGAAUGAAUUUAGCGUAAUUUCGUUUUUGUUCUCUUUUUAACGAUUUUUUUAAAAUGAAUAACACCUUUUUCAAUUUUUUUUGUUUUUCGAAAUUGCCAAAUAUGAUAUUAUUCUUUUUUUUUAUAAGCUGAACGAUGUUCAUUUUUAUCUAAAAAGGGGAUUCAGUUUAUUUAUAUUAUUAUCCAAAAACUAUGUGGACCGAUAAUUGUUGAAUAUUCAUGGGCAAUUUUUGUGUGGGCGCGGAAAUAAAAAUUACACAUUUUAGGUAUUUUGUGUUAUUAAGAUAUCAUCGUGACAAAGCCAAAUAGGAGUUUGAACGAUCAGCCUUCUUAUCUUUUAAAACACAAACAGAAAGAUAUUCAAUUGACUUUUGCCACUGACUUUUGUUUUCAAUAAAAAACUUCAUCUCAAUAAUUACUAUUUAAACAUUGAUAUAUUCAACUGAAAAACGCAAUUGUUUUCACUUAUUAUACUGAACUGUCUGUUUUAUGAGUUAUGACUAAUGAGGGAAUUCGGAAGACCCGUUCUUGGAAUGUUGCGGAAAACUGUUAAUUUGAUCUUGAUUUUCUAAAACAAUAAAUUCGGCAUAGUUUUGUGAAACGAGAACCUGUCCUUAUUGAAUUUUGAAUCCUAUUUAUGGUUAUACUAUUAAUACUUUAAACAGAGGAAGAGAGAGAAAAAAUUAAAUUUGGGAAUGACUUAAUUUUACCGGUAUUUCAUACUGAUCAGAGGUAUAUUUUAGUGGUACACAUAAUUUUAUAUUUUAAAUGAAAUUGUAUAUAGUUGAUCCGUUUUCUGUAUAACGUGCAAUGCCAUAUUUUUACUCGCUUUUCUUAUUUCUUGGUUUGUCUCUUUGGUAUUAAUUAGUGCCAAUUGUCUCACUAGUUUUAUAAUGUUUCGUGAAUGUUACACAUUUGAACAAGCGUGCUAGACUGAGGAUUCUAUAUAUCUCCUUUACAUGUAAAAUUAGGAACUUUAUGUCUAUGUGUGGGUUUUUUUUAACAAUUUUGGGUUAAUUUUCCAAAUUUUCAUUCAAAACAGAGUAUUUAUUAGUAGAAAUGGCACUCAGUCACAAGGCAGUGGGCAAUUUAAAAAAUUCUUAUUCAGUCUCAGUAUUGCACUACAAAUGCUAAUUUGUACCAUAUUUUUGUUCAGUUAACAUGGUGGCCAUUGAAGAUGCAAGAAAAAUACUUAUGUGGAUAAGUAUUUAUAUUUGCUAUAUUGUGUGAUAUUGCAUUAGGCAAUUCAGAAUUUUUUCUUUUAUGUAUUCACUAAACAUUUGUUUAUACACUACCUAGUAUAAUUCUUCUAUAAAUAACCAUUUCAAUUUAAACCAUCUAUGCUUAAUGACAUUGAUUUAAUAAGGAAAACAUGAUUAGCACUAAUAAAAAUUCCGCAUUUAUUGAAUGAAACACAAUUUUUAGUGAUGUUUAAUUGAUGGCAAAAAUCUAGUUUUAUGCAGCUGACUGAAUUCCUUAUAGCUGCAUUUUUUGGCAUGGAAAAAUCUUUUUUUUUUGAAGAUAACAAUGAACAAAUCAAAAAUAAUUUUCACGAUAAUAUUAAAUUGUGAGCUUUGGCCCACAGACAUACGAUGCUGCCAUUUUUAUAUGGUAUGUUCCACUGAUGCUUAUUUCAUAUUUCUCUGAAAUUUGCUCAGAGCUUCGGCAAAGUAUUAUAUCAAUGUAACAGUUAAACCUUCAUAAUUCAUUGCUAUUUCUGGUCAAUUUUUGGCAUGCCCAAUCAAAUACGAUAGUUGGUAUUCUAGAAUUUUGCUUUAAAUUUCACUCCAAUUCAAAUAUCAAGUGGAUAUUACCGGCAGGAAUGGAGCAUUCUUUAACGACUGAUCAGGUAUCCAUGCAUUUGUGGAAUUUAAUGAUUGAAUAUGGACCUGUAAUUUUACAAGUGUUGUGGAUAUUUCUAUUGUUCGUUUUUUAUUUUUGAUUGGCCGGUUGGUCUGUGUAUAGUAUUGAUGUUUUUCCAUUUUUUGUUGGUUCUUAUGGCCAUAACAUCUAACUCUUGUCAAUGUUUACUCUAUUAUGAGCUUCGUUGGACUUGUUAGGCAGUUAGGCUUAAUUGUAAUAUCAUUACCUAAUUUGGCUUUCAAGAUGAUGAUAAAAAGGCAUUUUUACACAUAACAAUAUUCUAGACUUAUUUAAACUACGUUAAUUAUCAAGAAGAUAAUAGGGCACUAAUUUUCCAUCCUUAUUUCAUUCAAUCUGUUAUAUGUUGCAUUUGAGAAUUAUUAGUUUUGCUUUGUAACAUAGUUGCAUGACACAUUGAUUGGCACUUCAUAAUAUCAAUAAUUCUUUUCGACUUCACAUCAUAGUAACUGGUGUGGCAAACAGGUAUAUCUUCCAUUUGAUGAGUUAUGUGAUAUAAUUUUAUAAGGUAUAAGUUAUGUGUUGUAAUUCUAUGAGCGAUAUUGUCCCUUUCAAUCUAUGCAAUGAAAAAUCAUGUGAAGUGUACCAUAAUAAACAUAUAGUAAAAAGGUAAAUUGAUUCACUGGCAAUUUAUGACUCCUAGUAUGGACCUGUAUCCUUGUUACCAAAUCGUGCCUUCAGCUCUGUACUCGUCAAUGAUGGUUGCCCAGAUAUUUUUCUCACAUAUUGUUUUCUUGAUUCUUUUAUGUAUGUAAUGUUUGAAUUUGUAUUUGAAUACAAACAAUUGUAAACAUGUUUCAAA